GACUGCGUGGUUUUUCCUCCAGAUCCUCCGAUUUUCCCCCUCCACAUUUAGAAUGACCGUCACCCGUUGCGAGAGUUCUUCGGCUGCUUGCUAGUACAUGUCCACACGAUGAUGAUACUGAUCAUCCACUCCAUUGAGCUAUCAAUUGCAAUGGCCAGGUCACUGAAAGAAAAAGAAAGAGCUAUCUAUCUCAGUGGGGCCUUACCUGGUCAAAUACGUUGUUUUUGUUUAGUUUUAAUGUGGGCCUCUGUGGGCUGCCGUGGGUCUAUGGGAGUAUCGGUGUCUACGCGUAUCUGUAAAAGCACGCGUUUUAAGUGUUUGUCAGAUGUAAGAUAGACAUAAUCCUUCACUUCGCUCUGGCUGUCAAUAGUGACAACCGGAGAGCUACACAGCGGCUAAGUUGGGGAACCUUACACCCCAGGAUUAAAAACCAAAAACAAAAUCUUCUAAAAUAAAUAAAUAUAUAUGUGAGCACCAGACGCAGUGUCAAAACCCUGCAGGGCAGCUGAGGCGGCUGCAGCUUUUCCGUCUGAGUCCACCCACGCGCUCAGCGCCCACGCCUCCGAGUCCAUAAGAGCGCGGGGCGAGCGCAGUGGCCGCAGGAGAAACCUCACCAAGUGGUGGCAGCAGCAGCAGCAGCGGCGGCAGCAGCGGCGGGGGCAGGGGCUGAUCCAGAGGGGUGUGGGGGGGGGCAGCACCCCUGGCGCUUGGGACCGGCCGGUUCGAGUUUUCACUCGCAGCGAUUUUGACCCCAGAGUGGCCCCCAGCGGGUCGACAGCACCGCCCGCGGUCGGCCCGACACGCACGCGCGUACAGAAAUGCCGAAUUGGAUCUGAAUCCGGAAGUGGAUUUGGUUCGCGAUCUGGAUCGGGAUCUGGAUCGGGAUCUGGCUCGAGAUCUGAAUCCUGAUCUGGACCGGGAUCCAGUGUGGGGAUCUGCUUUUGCGCCAUGGAUCGGCUGGCGUCUGCGGGCGGAUCCAAGCGGCUGAGGCCGUGGCUGCUGGAGCAGAUUGAGAGCGGCCUCUACCCGGGUCUCCGCUGGGAGGACGACUCCAAGGCCACCUUCCGAAUCCCCUGGAAGCACGCGGCCAAGCACGACUACUGCCAGCAGGAAGACGCAGCCCUUUUUAAGGGCUGGGCGCUGUUCAAGGGUAAGUUCCGGCACGGAGACCGCCCGGACCCCCCCGCGUGGAAGACUCGCCUCCGCUGUGCCCUCAACAAGAGCUCCGACUUUGAGGAGGUGUCGGAACGCAGCCAGCUGGAUAUCUCCGAGCCCUACAAGGUGUACCGCGUGCUGCCCGAGGGCACCCGGGGCAAAGGAGACACGGACGAUGACGACGACGUCACGGACGACAAGAUGAACAUCGUCAACACAGAGGCCUACAGCGUGCAUCGCAGACAGACGACCUCCAACCGGCAGUGUCACAGGAGGCACUCUCAGCACGCGGACCGCAGUUCCUGGAACUCCCCGCACGGCAAUAUGUUUGCCGGACCGAUGAAGAAUAUCAUCUCAAACAUCGACCCAGGCUUCUACGAGAUGGACGUGCUGGUCAAGUACAAGGACGAGCGGGUGCUGUACGCCCGCGUUUCGCACCCCCUCGGCUGCCGCCUCGCCUUCAACGCGGGCGCUCAGGCCGGCUACGACCCGGUCACGGCCACGCUGCACUUCCCUCACCCGGCCGCCUCCGUCGCCUCCGUCGCCUCCGCACUAGCGUCACCGCAGCACCACCACCAGCAGCACCACCAGCAGCACCAGCAGCAGCAGCACCAGCAGCACCAGCAGCACCACCAGCAGCAGCAGCAGCACCAGCUGUUCUACGCGGGCCGUCACGGAGAGCUUCUGGCCGCCGCGCUCGGCAGCCUGGGCCGGGGAUUGAACCUGCGCGUGGACGGCGCGCUGGGCAGGCUGCAGGCCGAGAGGCUGUGCCGGGGACGCGUCUACUGGAGUGGGCCGUGCGCACCCAGGCACGCCGGGAGGCCCAACAAGAUGGAGCGAAGAGCGGCCGUCACCUUGUUUGAUCGCGACAGCUUCAUGAGAGAGCUUCACAACUUCACGCUGGGAGGUCCGGAGCCUCAGACUGAGAUCGUCCUCUGCUUCUGCGAGGAAUAUCCCGGCGGGAACCUACAGAAGAAACUUAUCACAGCGCACGUGGAGUUGGUGCUUGCACGCCAGCUGCUGGAGAACGCCAAGCGGCAGAGGGACAGCGGUGGGCAGCAGCAGUUGCUGCUGGAGAAGGUGCCGGAGGCGUGCGGCGAUGAAGGCUGGCCCUUCGUCAGCAAGAUGAAGACGGAGGUGACGUUCACGAGUCCGCACAGACACUGCGCGCUCAACUGACACUCGGCGGUUCGCGGAUUCUGUUAGGACCGACGGUAACCUCCACCACGUCCUCAACCACCUCCUCCUCUUCCUCCUCCUCCUCCACCACGUCCUCCCGGUGUUGGCGCACGUGAGCCCAGCUGGCACGGGUCCAGCACGGUACAGGUGGUUUUCCCACUGGCGCACGUGAGCUGAGCUGCGCGGGUCAAGCACGGCAUGGGUGGUGGUUUUCCCACUGGGGCACGUGAGCUGAGCUGGCACGGGUCCAGCACGGCACUGGUGGUGUUUCCGCUGGCGCACGUGAGCUGAGCUGGCACGGGUCCAGCACUGCAUGGGUGACUUUCCCACUGGGGCACGUGAGCCGAGCUGGCACAGGUCCAGCACUGCAUGGGUGACUUUCCCACUGGGGCACGUGAGCCGAGCUGGCACGGGUCCAGCACGGCAUGGGUGACUUUCCCACUGGGGCACGUGAGCCGAGCUGGCACGGGUCCAGCACUGCAUGGGUGACUUUCCCACUGGGGCACGUGAGCCGAGCUGGCACGGGUCCAGCACGGUACUGGUGGUGUUUCAACUGGCGACAUCCAAACUGAGAUGGCACGGGUCCAGCACAGUACAGGAGGUCAUUUUUCCACUGGCGACAUCUGAGCCGAGCUCGCCACGGGUCCAGCAUGGUACGGGUUCCAAGCAGGGCCAGGGGCUGCGUCGCCCACAUACCUCUCCGCUCGCUCACCACGCGCGCGUGCGUGUGUGCGUGAUGUAUGUCGAACUUCUUAAUGUAUGUACGUAUGUAUGCUGAACUUAUUUUGCACCACCGUAUGCAGCCAACCGUGCUAAUCAGAGGAGCUGGGGGUCAGGACAACAAUCAAAACACAACAACAAGCAGCUUUAAAAUAAAUAAAUGAGUUUGUCAAUCUAGAUGAUGAUGUAAAAUUGCAUCAGUGGCUUCCUCAUAUCGGUCAGGAAGAGCGUUCCAGAUGGCAGCAGAAGUGCAUCUGGAAGCGCUUCGUGAUGUUGCGGAAACCACCGUCUUUGUUCGAUGGUUUGCCAAACAUGUACUGUGAGGCUAUGUGACUCUGUGUGAGUCUAUGAGUCUCUGUGUGAGUCUAUGGGU